ACUGUUUUGCUCGCAUUCUACUUGGCAAUUCACAGCUGACAGCACCAUCACAGGAACGAAAUUAAAAAUAUUCAAAAUGUGCAUUUUCAUCGAUUGUUUAUUAAGCCCCUUGAUACUGUGGCCAGCUAUCACAGGCGUGUCUGUCUACCUCUUGAAGGAAUACAUGCAGGGCGGCAAGUUCACAAAGGAGACUGAUGAAACCGGAAAGGUGUUUAUUGUCACGGGAGCCAACACCGGUAUUGGCAAAGAGACUGCUCUGGAGAUCGCCAGAAGAGGGGGAACAGUGUACAUGGCUUGCAGGGAUAUGAGCCGAUGUGAUAGGGCCCGCAAGGAAAUCAUCAAAGAGACGAAUAAUCAGAAUAUUUUCUCUCGGGAGCUGGAUUUGAGCUCCAUGGAGUCCAUUCGUCAAUUUGUAGCUGGCUUCAAAAAAGAGCAGGACAGGCUACAUGUUCUAGUCAACAAUGCCGGUGUGAUGCGCUGUCCCAAGAUGUUAACCAAGGAUGGUUUCGAAAUGCAAUUGGGUGUUAACCACAUUGGCCACUUCUUGCUUACCAAUUUGCUGCUCGAUUUGCUGAAGAAAUCGGCUCCCAGUCGCGUUGUCGUCGUGUCCAGUUUGGCCCAUACCCGUGGUGCUAUUAAUGUGGCUGACUUAAACAGCGAGAAGUCCUAUGAUGAGGGCCUAGCCUACAGCCAAAGCAAGUUGGCAAACGUCCUAUUUACCCGAGAAUUGGCCAAGCGCUUAGACGGUAGUGGCGUCACAGUCAAUUCCCUUCAUCCUGGUGUCGUGGACACAGAGCUGGCGCGGAACUGGGCCUUCUUCCAGUCUAACUUGGUGAAAUAUUUCAUCAAGCCCAUGAUUUGGCCGCUUUUGAAGACGCCUAAAAGUGGAGCACAGACUUCCAUUUAUGCUGCCCUGGAUCCGGAACUACAGACGGUCACUGGCUUGUACUUUAGCGACUGCAAGCCCAAGGAUGUCGCUGCUGCAGCCUUGGAUGAUGCUGUUGGAAAGUUCCUGUGGGCUGAAAGUGAGAAGUGGACGGGUUUGAAUGUACCAAAAGUGCUAGCAACCAAGGAUACCGAAAAUAAAUCCAAGGAUGAGUCACCUUUAGCUAAAAAUGAUUAACCGAAAGUCAGAAUUCAAAGACGAUGUUAAGAAACCAAAGAUCGUGGGUCAACCUGAAACUUAGCAAUAAGAGAACACGGCUCCUGUGAAGUAACUGAAGACCGAGCAAUUAUAUAUAUAUAAAGUGUAAAUAAUAUAUAAAUAUAUAAUAGAAAGAUAUAAAACAGACCGAUCAGGGUUAGAACAAGCGGUUUAUUCAAUUGUAAUACUAGCUUUUUCACGAAUAUGUUGUAUUAAUAUAUUUUCCUAUUUUCGCUUUUAAAAA